UUCGUUAUCCCUAAUCCAAUCCGAGCUAUCCCAUCUUCGACACGGAUGAAAAUAAGAUGCCAAACAUGGCGUUGAUGGUUUAUCCAUCUGCAAAAGCUUUCAGUCUUCCGCCGCCGGUGGAAUCCCGUUUCAGAGAAUUAGUGAUAAGGAACGCAGCGUCGAACAUGGCGGAGAAUGUGCCGAUCCGGCCGGGAUCGUCGUCGAAGCUGAAGGAGUUUCCACAUCUGUCGGCUUCUCAUAGAGCUCUGAUGACUGAUCUCGUCGGCGCCACUGAAUCUCGACUCGAAGAUCGUCUUCUUCCUUGCACUCUUCCUCCUGAUGUUGAAUACUUCCAGAAUCAGAACGGGACUUCGCAAGGCGCUCUUCUCAUCAGAUCUGGCUCGCCGGACUCUUCUAUUAAUUUCAUAUUGGGAAGUUGGUUGCAUAGCCAGCUACCAACAGGAGCAUCAUUAAACAUUGCAAGCCUUUCUGCCUACUUGAGGCCAUCAACUGAUGCUCCAAACUUCCUCAUAGAAUUCAUUCAAAGCUCUCCAACCUCCCUCAUUCUCAUUCUGGAUCUACCUCCCAGAAAGGAUCUGGUGCUCAAUCCAGACUACCUUCAAUUGUUCUAUGAAGAUACAGGAUUAGACAAAUACCGUAAAGCAAUCGAAGAACUCCCUGAAGUACGACCAUAUGCCAUGUCCUCUCUCUUCUUCCGCUCCUUAGUUUCUCCAACUUCCAUAAUUGUCCGUGUCGAUACGGAAUCGGGAGGACCCGAACGCAUGGAGGAGAUUAUAGCGAACCAUGUCGGUCCCGUUGCAAGAGAUGUGAUUCGGGUGUGGUUGGAUGAAUGUGCUUGCAAGGAGAGAGGGGUUGGAGAGAUGGAAAGAGGGAACAUUGAGAAGAGGGAUGAGUUGGUUAAGAAGAAAACCAUUGAUAUAGACUUGGGUUCUAGUUUGCCAAGAUUGUUUGGCCAGGAAAUAGCAGAUAGAGUAGUGGCAGCCAUCCAACAAAUCUUUGAAGCAUGAAAUGGUUUUGCUUUGCUUGUUGGUUGUAAAUGUAUAAUGUAUUAUUUAGAUGCUUAAUGAAGUUAAUUUCAUUUAUGAUUUUA